UUGGGUGUUGGAUGGCUGGGGCUGAGUGUUGCUUGCAGAUGGUUGCUGUUUGGGGAGAGAUAUACCCUGCAAGGCUGUUAACAAAACUAACUGGGAUGAGCUCUGGUCUCUGUCAGUGUCAUGGUUCAUGAUGCUGUGGUCUGACUGCUCUUGGGCUGCUGGGGCUGGUUAUAAAGGGCCUUGCUGUUCUUGCUGAAGUUGCACUAAUUAGUUGUGUAGCUUGUUGGAAAUAUGCAGUGUACACAUUGCUUGGUGUAAGCAAGUAUCUAAUCCUUGCUGUUGGUUACAGGGGCAGAAUGUGGCCUGAUACUCUGGUUUGCAAAUAGUGGGAACUUUCUCACUGAGAUGGGGGAGUGACACCCAUGUUGGUGAGAGGUGGAAGGAGAUUUGUUGCAAGGUCACCAGGUAUUGUGCAGGGUGUGUUUGGCCCCCCAGGGUUCCUGGUGCUUUGGGAUGCUUGGACCUGUUUUCUUUACUUCUCUUCAACUGUUCAAGGCUCAGCUUUGGGUUCCCUAUCUCCUCCCAGCUCCUUGCCCAAGAGGAUAAGGAUCCAGGAGGAGUCAAAGGAGAGUGUCUCCCCUGUGCAGAGAGGACAGAUACCAACCACUGAGCUGUAAAUGCCUACAGUGUGUGAUGCACAGUGUAGCAUGGAGGGCAGUAAGAGCAGAUGCCUGGAUGGAUGGUGAACCUCUCUCAAAGUGCAGAGGGACAUCAAGUACUGGUGUUGUACACAGAGGAGAUGGCAGAGCUGGAGCCUUCAGUGGCUCUCAAGGAUGCUAUAGUUCCUACUACACUUUUCUGGCCUCUGCUGCAUGUGGAGAGUGGAUAAUCUUGGCAGCGCCCAGGACCUUAAAUAUUACUUGUAUCACAGUGAUACCACAAAGAUACUGCCACCAUGGAGGGGAUUGUGACCAUGUAUCAGGACUUCAUGAAGAAAGCAGACCCCCGCAUUGCUGAUUAUCCACUGAUGCAGUCCCCGUUCCUUGUGAUGGGCAUCCUUCUGGCAUACGUCUACUUUGUACUAUCCUUGGGUCCCCGGCUAAUGGCCAACAGGAAGCCUUUAAACCUGAAGACGUUCAUGGUGCUAUACAACUUCUUUCUGGUGGGACUCUCACUUUACAUAGUCUAUGAGUUCCUGAUGGCAGGGUGGCUUACUGGUUACACCUGGCGAUGUGACCCUGUGGACUUCUCGCAGGACCCCAAGGCCCUCAGGAUGGUCAGUGUUGCUUGGCUCUUUGUCUUCUCCAAGUUCAUCGAACUGACAGACACGGUGAUCUUUGUCCUGCGGAAGAAGAAUGAACAGGUCACAUUCCUGCACCUCUUCCACCACUCUGUUCUGCCUUGGAGCUGGUGGUGGGGAGCAAAGUUUGGUCCAGGGGGAAUGGGCUCAUUCCAUGCCAUGAUCAAUUCCAUGGUGCAUGUUGUCAUGUACUUCUACUAUGGACUCUCAGCAGCGGGACCUGCCUUUCAGAAGUACCUGUGGUGGAAGAAGCACAUUACAGCCAUCCAGCUGGCACAGUUUGUGAUUGUCUCCAUCCACAUCUCCCAGUAUUACUUCAUGCCCAGCUGCCAGUACCAGUUCCCCAUCUUCAUCCACCUCAUCUGGAUUUAUGGGACCAUCUUCUUCAUCCUCUUCUCCAACUUCUGGUACCAGUCCUACACCAAGGGCAAACGGUUGCCCCGGGUGGCUCAGCAAGCAGCCCAGCACAACGGUAGCAGCAUCCAUGAGAAUGGCACUGUCACCAACGGCAAGGUCAAAGCCAACUAGAGGGCAAGGCCCUCCCAGAGCCAAUGAGAGCCCCGGGGCAGAGGCAGCUGGGACCUGUUCCCCUGCUCCUGGGUGCCACUAGCCAAGUCAAGUGCCUACAGACUGUUGUACCCCUGUGCCGAGCCCUGCUGUCCUCUGUCUGCAUGCCCAGCCCCUCUGCUCUGAGCAGCCAUGGGCAACUUCUCCUGCUCCUGGGAGGGCCUGUGCUGUUUCUUGGUGUUGCUGAGCAGAGAGGCAGCUGCCUGCAUCACAGCUGUGGGGCUGCAGUCCCAUUCCAGUGUUUCCAAAGGAACUUCCCCAAGUGCCUACAUCUGGCCCUUCUGCCUGGGGGCCACUUCCUUCUGAGUAGGACCAAAAGAAGAGACCGGUCCCUGUCCUGGUGCCCUCUCCUCUUCCCUGUCUCAUCAGAGCCUGUGUGGAUGAGCAGACUUGUCCCUGGCUGCUUGAUGCUGCCAGCUAAAGCGUGAGUGCUCCUGCUCUACCAUGCCUUGUGCUGCUUUGUUCCAUGCCACAGUGCUGCAUGUCCCUUCUGGUCCUGUGCACCCAGGUUGGGGGUUCUGCCCUGGCGUAUCUGCUCAGGCAUGGCUGUGGAGAAUGUAGGGGCAGUGCAUAUGGGACUUGAGGGCCCAGACCCGCCCAGUACAGUACACAUGCCCGGUGCCUAGUAUGUAGCAGGGGUUGUGACAGCCUGAAAUGCCUCCCCCACAUGAUAAGCCCAGGUUGCCUUGCCUUUCUGUGCCUGGGCUGGGUGCUUGGUGUGUGUUUUAGCCACACUUGCCUGAUCCUGUAUGGCAGCUGGUGGGUUGCUCUAGAGUGGGGGAGGCCAAGCUCAGCCUUGGUUUGGACCACUUCCAUUCCUGCAAACUUGAGACUUGAGCAAUAAUUGCCCCUAGAAUCAGCUCCUGGGCUCUCCUGCUUGGGACCAGCCCUGCUCUGGCCCAGCAUGAGCAUGAGCAGAGGAUGGUUGUAGCGUGCCCUGCUGUGGUGUAACAGUGAGCACCUCUUGCCUCUGUGGAACUGACUGGGCCUGGGUGAAGGUGUGCUCUGCCCUACAGCAGGGCAGUGCAGCAGCAAUCCUGGGCCUGGUGCCCAUCACCUGCUCUGGCUGUAACCAAAACCAUGCUGAUGGCCUUGAGGAUGAGGUGAAGGAGCCAGGCCCUGUCAGAUUGGGCUGCUCUUCUAUCACAAAUAAACAGACAGAAGGAGAAA